CAUGAUCCAGUACCCUCACUACGACUUGUCAGGAAGAAGAAGAAGAAAAAGACCCCAAGAGAGACAUACCAUUUUCUUACCAUUUCCCACGUAAUUAAACCCUAGACAGUGUUACCGCCACCAUGAGUAAAGGAGGAGGAGGCAAGAUCUUCACGCCCACUAACCAAAUAAGGCUGACAAACAUAGCAGUAGUGAGGAUGAAGAAGGGAGGCAAGAGGUUUGAGAUUGCUUGCUAUAAGAAUAAAGUCCAAAGCUGGCGUCAGAAAGUAGAGAAGGACAUCGAUGAGGUGCUACAGAGCGAGACCAUCUUCACCAACGUGUCCAAGGGUCAGGUCGCCAAAAAAGAAGAACUGAUAAAAUGCUUCAACUCAGAGAAUCAAAAGGAGAUUUGCUUACAGAUUCUGGAGAAAGGCGAGCUGCAAGUGUCAGACAAGGAGCGGCAUGCAAAUCAGGAGUCGUCAGUAAAGGAGAUCGCAUCGAUUGUGUCAGACAAGUGCAUCAAUCCAGAGACGAAGACCCCAUACACGGUAUCCUUGAUCGAGAGCGCCAUGAAGGACCUCCAUUUCUCCCUCAACCCCAAGCGGAAUAACAAACAGCAGGCUCUCGAUGUCAUUAAACAGCUGGCCGGGAGAAUUCCCAUCCAACGUGCCCAGAUGAAGGUGAAAUUGAUGAUCCCAGGGAAGGAGGCCAAGAAGCUGAAGGAGAAGGUCGUGCCGCUGAUGAACGUGGAGACCGAGACGUUUGAACCUGAUCUGACUAUUGUGGCCUUAAUUGACCCAGGGAACUUCCGCGUCAUCGAGGAGAUGAUCACCUCGGCCACGAAGGGUCGGGCCAAGAUAGAGGUGAUGAGUCUGAAGGAGGCCACCGAUGAUAACGAUGAAGACAUCGCACUCACAUAGUUUGUUGUGACGGAGAGAUGGGGGCAGUUUGUUGUGUGUGUGGGUGCCUGUUUGACCGUCUGUCUGUCUGUCUAUCUAUCUGUGCGUGUAAUAGAUGUGUGUAUGUGUGUGUCUGUCUGUCUGUCUGUGUGUUUGUGUAAGAUGUGUGCAUAAUAUAUGUGUGUCUGUCUGUCUGUCUGUGUGUUUGUGUAAGAUGUGUGCAUAAUAUAUGUGGGUGACACUGUUGUACUGAUCUGUGUGUGUGUGUGUGCGUGUGUGCGUGUAUAAUAGAUAUGGGUGAUGUCUUAUGAGUGAGGGACACUUUCUUGUACUGGUGUGUGUAAUAUGUGGAUGUAUAACAGAUGCAAGUUUGUGUAUGUAUCAUGUGUGUGUGUGUAUGUAUCAUGUGUGUGUGUAUGUAUCAUGUGUGUGUAUCAGAUGUGUUGUAGGUAAGUGAUAUGUUUUGCUCAGUAACACUUCCCGACUGCCCUGCUCUCAUUCCCUUGUGUCUCACGUUGGCCAAAAUUGGUCCACAGAACUCAGAAGUAGUAUUGUGUUGCAUCGUUUCAUUACACACAAACCCUUAUGUUGAGUUGAAUCUUUUAUGCAAUGUUCAGUUAGUGUGUUAAAUAUUCCCUUCAUGACAAAUUUGUGUUAGUUUUCAGUUUUAAAUAUUUUAGUUCACUGCUUCAUUAUGCUUCAGGAGUCUUUCACAACAAGAUAAGGAGAAGUAUGUUUAAAGAUUUGAAGGUAAUGAAAGUCUUAUAUUCACUUACUGAUGAGAUUGUACGAAUUAGCAUUGCAUUUAUUUCUCGCCCGAUAUGUUUUGACGCUUAAUUCAUCUUCGACUUUAUUGCUUCACUGUGUCCCGAGUCCUUUAGAUUAUCACGAAGGCGAAAGCCGUGAAACUAUUAAAUACAUGGAGAUGAUAUGUGACAUCGCUUCUCUUAAAGACCUGGAGAUAAUGUUAUAAAAAUUUGUGAAUCAGACCCACAUUAAAAGAUCAAAACUUAUUUAUGUUGUUAUGGUGUUUUUCCAUCCCAUGUGAGGGGUAAAGAAAACUGAUAGACAGAAGCAGACAGACAGAUAAUAAGAUAAACAGACAGAUAAGAUAGAUAACUUGUAUUUAAACAUCGUAGUCUGAAUGUUUUUUUUUUUUAAAUAUUGUUUAAGUCGUCUACAUAUUGGAUGGUAGUCCUGAUGUUCCAUAACACCAGACGAGUACGCUCUACUGAGAGGGAAGUCCAUUAUAUCGAGGGUCCGUUAGAUGUGAUUCCCCCCUUAUGGCACCGUUCUCCUCUGCCAUCUGCCACCUCGACGCUUCUCCGUCCCCUUCACUUGACACCAGACGACAUCAUCGGCCAUUAGCAACAUGCCCUAAAGUCUUGAUCGUUUUGUGUGGGUUUGACCUGAUGCAACUUGUAACCAGUACAGUAUAUGGCAACUCAUGUGAUGUAACCUUUUAGGACACGGGUCAUCACAGGUGAGGGAGGGGGGGUUACAGAAGUGAAAUGCAGCGAGAGGAAGUACCUGUAGGGUCAUUUGUCCGAGAACCCCAAAUGAUUAGAAUAUCUUAGGACGAAAUAAUAAACAAUCAUUAAAGUCAGUAGUAAUGAAAUAUGAUCACGUGAAGUACAUAUAUCUUCUUCACAAUGAUAUAAUCGGGCCUAAAAUACAGUAAUAUUUGAUGGUUUUCUAAUACAAAUAUGACUGUAUCACUGCAUCAUCAUCAGACUCCUGUAGCUAUAUUCCCCCACAGCCAUUCUCAUGUGUAUUACAGAACCUAUAACAGCUGACUACUGUAAUACCCCUGUAAUGCUCAAGGCUGCUACUAAAGCGUGCGGUAUAAAGAUAUUUACAGUAUAACGUGUGGUUCUGUAAAUUACUUACACUAAAAAUUACGGUCUGUAAUUUGUCCAAUGCUUUAGAAUGCGAAUUAUCAAAAUUUUCUUAGUAUUUUAAUGUUUUUAGAUAAGAUUUGGUUAGGUUAGGUAAAGGGUAUCUCCAUAGACCACACGUUAUAGGAGCACUGACUUGAGCUUAGUGUGAUGACCCUCAAGCAAGACUGUUGAUCUUCCCUCUCUCACACUGUGUUGAUCCCUGGUACAGUAUAGUAGUGUGUAAUGUACUGUACUAUACUGUAAUGUACUCUUGUAGGGGUAAGUUGAAGUACUGUACUCUUACUAAAGGUAUAUUUUUGUAAUGUAAAGACAGUACAGUACAGUUAUUACAGUUUGGAUGAUUAUAAUACAGUAAAGAAACAUUGAUCCAUUCUGUUGACAUGUUGUAAUGUAUAAAUUAUGGAUGACCGACAUUAGGGUUUUGUUGAAUCCUUAAAAUGUGAGGAGUUUGUUGGGUUUGUCUUAAUUCAUAUUAAAAUAAUUUACCAUCAAA